CUUCAGAGGCAUAGGCAAGAGCAAGCUCAGUGCCUAGCAGCCCCAUGCCGGACUCUCCCACAGAGAGGAGCUCGGCCCCAAGCCCCGGAGACCCGGGCAGGCCGCCUCCAGAGGAGCCCCCGCAGACGCCAUACUCAAAGCCAAAAUGGCUGCCCCAAGGAAGCCCGCACCGCGCAGCUAGGGAGGGUUGGGGAACAAGCUUCUGCGGAAAAGGGGGAGGGGGAGUCUAGGAAGAGCCGUGGCCAGGAACAACGCCCCCGAGCCGCACAGCGGGAGCUGUAACAUGUUGCUACACUUUGUUGUGAAAUUCAGAAAAGCAAAAAGUGCUCCAGGGCCGAGGGCAGCCAAGCAGGCCACCUGAAAGGCUCUGGGUUUACCCUGACAUCUGAGCUGAACGAGAAUGAUACUAAAUUCAGAUCCGAGGCUGCAAACUGCCAUGGACAGCAUUCGCUGGGUUCUAGCUACAGCCAUCCCUUGCCAUAACUUUUGAACUGUAUUUGGAAAAAUACUGGCCAGAAAAAAAAAAUGAUAAAAUUUUUCCUUAUGGUGAAUAAACAAGGGCAGACUCGACUUUCUAAGUACUAUGAACAUGUGGAGAUUAAUAAGCGUACACUUCUGGAAACAGAAGUCAUAAAGAGCUGUCUCUCUCGAUCCAAUGAACAAUGCUCUUUCAUUGAAUAUAAGGAUUUUAAGCUGAUAUAUCGGCAGUACGCAGCUCUGUUCAUUGUGGUUGGAGUUAAUGACACUGAGAAUGAGAUGGCAAUUUAUGAAUUCAUCCAUAACUUUGUGGAAGUUUUAGAUGAGUACUUCAGCCGAGUGAGUGAAUUAGAUAUAAUGUUUAAUUUGGAUAAAGUACACAUCAUUUUGGAUGAGAUGGUGUUAAAUGGCUGCAUUGUGGAAACGAAUCGGGCAAGAAUUCUUGCUCCUCUACUAAUUCUUGAUAAGAUGUCAGAAAGCUGAAUAGUGCAAGGCUCUGCCAGACAACAUCAACUUACAGGAAAUGAAAACACCACGGGAUACCUCUCAACAUCUGCAGCCCAAAAGAAUCUGGAAGACCACACAUUGCAAAAGACAUUUUAAAUAGGUGUUUUCCCCAGUUCCUAAAUGGAAAACAAAUCUGUAUUUUAAAAUAUGAUACACAAAGAAAAAUUUUCUCUAAGAGACAAGUUUUAUUUUCUAACCAUAAUCAUUUUUUC